AUGCUUUCCAGUUUGUGUUUCCGACUCAUGGGCAGCUGGUGUGUCGCACGCUGCCAUACCCGCUACUCGUUUUACACCAGUCAAUUGAUUGUUAACUAGUUCUAUAAUGUGUAACAUGUCUUAAAAUUAUCACAUCACUAUUAUAAAUUAGAAAGUGCGGUGGUGUUUUCUGUGCUGUUACAAAGACAAAAGUGUGAUUGUAAAAUUUUAGAGAAACCGGAGUCACUCAAAAAUUAACUGUUAGGUUUAAAAAAGGAAUUGAAAAAAUAGCACAAUGGCGGUGUUUGGCUUGGUGUCGUCGGUGGCGGGCUUCGUGAAGGUUCGCUACCUGAUCGACAAAGCGGUUAUCGACAACAUGGUCUUCAGAAUGCACUACCGAAUCACCUCCGCCAUAUUGUUCCUUUGCUGUAUCCUUGUCACUGCCAAUAACCUUAUUGGUGAACCAAUCUCAUGCAUUAACGACGGAGCUAUUCCUGGUCAUGUACUCAACACGUACUGCUGGAUCACAUACACCUUCACACUGCCUAAUUCAGACUCCAAGGCUAUAGCGCACCCCGGCCUUGGCAACGACUACGAAGAGGAGAAACGCAUCCAUGCUUACUAUCAGUGGGUGCCGUUCAUGCUGUUCUUUCAAGGUAUACUAUUUUAUUUACCACAUUGGAUAUGGAAGAAUUGGGAAGAGGGUAAAGUGCGCAUGAUUUCGGAUGGCAUUCGUGGUACUGCCGCAAGCAUAGCUGAUGACAAAAACAAUCGCCAGAGUCGUCUAGUUCAAUACUUAAUGGAGACACUGCACAUGCACAACGCUUACUCAUUCGGUUACUUUUUCUGCGAAAUACUAAAUUUCGUCAACGUGGUUGGAAAUAUUUUCUUCCUGGAUACCUUCCUGGGUGGAGCUUUCAUGACCUACGGCACCGAAGUAGUAAAAUUCUCCAACAAGAAUCAAGAAGACCGAACUGAUCCUAUGAUCGAGAUAUUUCCCAGAGUAACUAAGUGUACAUUCCACAAAUUCGGUGCUUCUGGAACGAUCCAGAAACAUGAUGCCUUAUGCGUGCUGGCCCUUAACAUUCUAAAUGAGAAAAUUUUCAUUUUCUUAUGGUUCUGGUUCAUCAUUCUCUCUGUUGUCUCCGGUCUAGCCAUUUUAUAUUCAGCUGCUGUAAUACUGAUGCCAAGAACACGCGAGACCAUUCUAAAGAGGAGAUUCCGUUUCGGAACACCGAAUGGAGUUGAGGCUUUGGUUAGAAAGACUCAGGUUGGAGAUUUUCUGCUUCUCCAUCUUUUGGGUCAGAAUAUGUCGCUACGAGUCUUUGGCGAAGUACUAGACGAACUCUCUCGGAGAUUGCACCUCGGCUCUAACCCACCGUCGGCGCCUUCUACUUUGGAGAUGGCUCCUAUAUAUCCCGAUAUUGACAAAUUCUCCAAAGAGACUGAAACGUAAGCAACCAAGAGCUGUCGACCUGGGCGAGGUGACCGCAGAAAUAUUAUAUUAAAUGUCGAAUACUUGCUUGUUAUGAUUUUUUGUAAAAUCUUGCCUCUACGUCCACUUGCCUUUGGUCGACCACAUUAAAAUGAGCAUAACACUUUAUUAGGAUGAUCCUUUGUUCAAAUAACAUAUUCGAAGGACUGAUGACAUAAUAAAUAUUAAAGAUCUUGCAUACUAGUUCCUUCGAAAUAUGUGAUUGGCACAAUUCAGAAUUAACUUUGCAGACAUAAAAGUUCUGAAUGAUCUAGUGUAUUGCUCGUUUUAUAUUAAUGACGCACAUCCAACGUUGCCUAUACUCGAUAAUAGAUAUUAAAAAGUAUUGAAAUAUAUACUUAACUCAAACAACGUUCAGCAUGACAUUCCUUAUUAUAAUUAAGACAACAAUUAGGUUAAAUUGUCGGCCACAAUAUUUUUUUUUUUGUAUAAGCUUUAGCUUUAAAUUUGGGUCUCAAUAAAGUUUAGUGAAUACAAGAUGGAUAAAAUUGUGAAAUGUAUGUGUAUAGAUAAGAAGUCAAAAUUGUUGCGGAGAACAUUUUUGUGUAAUGAUAAUGUGAAUGAUAUAAAUGAACAGCUAGUGGUUAUUAUCAAUGUGUCGUAUUGUGUUAGUUCGAUGAAGACUGUUGUAGUCAUUUGAAACUUUCAUAAAAUUAUUUUGUGUUGUUAGUACAUAGAUCUAAGUUUAGGUUAGCAGUCUGGAAUUAAAUAAGCUUAGUACUGCUGUGAAUUUUAGGAUAACGUACGAUAAUAGCAGAGAAUACUACAUAUGUUAUAAUAGAUUUAUUUUUCUUAUUAUUUACUUAUAUUAUUGCCUUAUAGUAGUGUGCAUUUGAUUGUAAAAAAUACAUAUCGGCCCGAUGAUCAUCUACUUAUACUAGUAGGAACGAAAUUUAUAUAUUUCUCGUAGUACUCAAUUUUUUAAAGGAUUUUUCGUAAAUUAAAAGGUCUAUUUCUUUUUUUAGUCGAGCAAAUUAAGUGGGAGUAAUAAGUGUCCUUUCAAAUUUCGUACUAUAAAAGACUAUUAGAGUUUAGAUAUGACGGUGCGAUUAGUACUAUUGUACACAGCAAAUAUUGUGCCAUUAAAACAGUGUUUUCAUUAUUCGAAACGCGGAGCAUUUAAUUAAUGUUCGAUAGAAACUUUAAAUGUCUUCCCAGGAAUUUUAUAUGUCUUAUUAAACAUAAUCAUAAUAGUAAAUAGAUUUUAACUCACUAUUAGUUAAACGAAUCUCUAUUUUCUCCUUUCUUUCAUUAUUACCGUAGCAUAAUGUCAUAGUUUUUAAUUGACGUCAAUCUGCAGUAUGCCUGUGAGAAUCAUGUUAAUAUUAUUUAGUUAUAAUAAUGUAUUUUACAUUAAUCAUGAUAUGUAUCAUUCCUUUAAUAAAUAUUAUGUAACCAAUUUUGUACAAUUAGGAAGACUGCAUUUGUGACAAUACUGAGAUAGUUUGGUUAUAUUUUCUUGGAAUUAAACAAUUCAUAUAU